AGAAGCCCCCCUCAUUCGGCAACACGCUCUCCACGUUUCUUGCUCUCUCUUCGCUCCUUCCGGUCGCGGUCCUCGAACCCUGACGCUCUUCGAUCUCGAUCGCUGCUUCGUCUUUGUGUGGAUCUCGAUCAUUGGAGGGGAAAUGAAACGGCUGAUCCGGCGGCUGUCAAGGGUGGCGGACUCGUCGCACGACCGCCCGCUGCAAGCCGCGAAAGGGGGGCCACGGCGGGUGCCGGAGGGCCACGUGCCGUUGUGCGUCGGGGAAGAGAUGGAGCGGUUCGCGGUCCGGGCGGAGCUCCUCGGCCGACCGGCCCUCGUCGAGCUGCUCCGUCGCUCCGCCCAGGAGUACGGCUACGAGCAGCAAGGCGUCCUCCGGAUCCCCUGCCCAGUCCCACUCUUCUGCCGCCUCCUUUUCCUCUCCUCCUCCUCCUCUUCCGCUGCCGCCGCCGAUCCCGCCCUGGAGGAGCUAUUCCGCUCGCUCCCGGACGAGGGCUGGUCCUUCGCCGCUUGACCGACUUGACCCUUCGUGUCUGUUAACACCCUCUUUUCCCAUUUUGCCCUUCUCAGUGCCUGAGUGUCCCCAGAGGGUGGGAGGAGGGCAGUUCGGGAUUUGACAUUUAUUUGGCCUAUUUUUUUUUCCUUUUUUCUAAAAGAAGGAAUUCAGCUCAAUGUAGGGAUGAAAUCGUCGGACUGGAAAUGGAGUGCUUUGAAAGA